AAAUCGUUAUUAUUAUUUGCAUGAAAUCUGCACCUGUUUCUGAACGAAUCUUCUGCAAAGAAGAGCCUGUCCAACCGGUCCGAGCGGGCAGCCACUGUCCCAGAUCCAGGUGUUCAUCUGGCGUUCCUGUCUCUGUGCUACUUACGGUCAUCCGGUUCAGGUUUCAAACGUGACAAACAGGUUUAGGAACCGCCUCACAAGCGGCUAUAAGAAGGGAUCCUCCAGAGCUGCGAACCACAACGAAAGAGAAGAGCUCACAGAAGCCUGAUAAGAAGAAGAGAAGCAGAAACAAAACAAAAACAAAACAAAAAAAAAAUCAGAGCAACUUCAAUCAAGAUGAUGAUGAUGAUGCAGCUGUCAGAAACCUCCAAGCAGAAGAACUCGCUCUUCAACGCCAUGAACCGCUUCAUCGGCGCCGUGAACGACAUGGACCAGACCAUCCUGGUGCCCAGCCUGCUGCGGGACGUCCCGCUGGAGGAGGACAGGGAGAUGGGCGUCCUCAAGUCGGACGUGGAAGACGGGGACAUGUUCAGCUACUACGAGCUGCUCAAGUCCAUCCGCAGUGACAUGGAGUGGGGCGUCCGGUGCGCGUCGGCCGACGAGCGGCUCAAGGAGAGCAUGAAAGUCACCCGCUCGCACUCCUCCGCCUCCACCUGCUCCUCCGUGUCCUCUUGUUCGGCGUCGUGCUCCGAGGAGGAGGACGAGGGAGAGGACGAGGACCUGCAGAAGCAGUUCAAGUACCACCUGACCGGACUGCAGGGGGUUCUGUCCAAGCUGACCCAGCAAGCCAACUCGCUCACCAAGCGCUACAAACAGGAACUUGGCAUCGGAGGAUGGGGCCAGUAAAGAGAGGCGCGCGCACAAACUGGACUGUCGAUUUUUUUAAAAUAUAUAUGUAUAUAUAUAUAUAUAUUGAACAGUCUUACUGGCUGAACUGAACUUUCUUCCUGAUUUCUGCUGCUGAUGAAAACAAUCAUCUGAAAGGUGGUGAAGAGGGCAGCGGCCACGUGGUCUUUGGUCCUGAUUAAAGCAUUACUGAAACUAUUUAAGCCUCUAUUUAACGUAUUUAUUACCUCCCGUCGUGUGCUCGAGCUCCACACGGAAGCUCGUAAUGUGGGGAAGAAGUGGACUGAACCAAGACUGACAAAGGACUCGUCAUCUCCUCUACCGAGAUGACGGUGAUGUCAGUGAGUUCACGCGGAUUUGUCCUUUGCCGACUCUCUCGGCCUGAUGUUUUGCUUAGAUGUCGUUCUCUUUGUUUAGAAGGAGGCAGAUGCUUACUGUACAGCUGCCCGUGAUCUCUUCGUGUCCUACAUGGUCAGUGAACUGGAAUCAAAUGAUAAUUCUCCUGCCAGGAGAAUGAUGAGGGUUUCCAUGAGACGCUUGUCUCUGUUGUUAUUGUCGCUUAGCCUGUUCGGUAUUAUUGUUAUUGCAAGGUCCAUCUGUCAAAACAAGCAAUCACUUUUGUAUGCACCUUUUUCUUUCUUUUUUUUUUCUUUUUACAUAUGUACAUGUACUUAAUAAACUUUUAUACAAAUG